GAAAUUCUCAAACUGUCAAAAAACCAUCCGGCAGAAUUUGAACUGUCAAAACAAAACAAAUUAUUGUCAGUGUAAAAUUCACAAGUUUUGCUCAUAAACUACAAUGGAAUAAUUGAAAAAAUAUUUACAUUUAAUCAGUAAUAAAGUGUAUCUAAUAAAUUACAAGAAUGGACGAAACAACGAAAACUUCGCCAUCAAUCACCCGGCAGAAACGUAAAAGGAAGUCUAAAACAAAAUUCACAGCUUCGCAACAAAAGAAUCCAAAACUAGACAAUUCUACUGAAUCACCCGUUAAGCCAGCAAAGAUAGUUAAAAUACAAACUGAAGCCGUUGUUAUGAAGGCCAAGAAAGAUGAGGAAUUGCCAGAAAUACUAGAAGCCAGUGAGAGAUUCCCAAUAUUGAAGAAUCAAGAGUUGAUCAACAAGUUCCUCAAAGUACCAAUGACUAAUAAUCAAAAAGGCCGCAUCCGCCAAGCAAUCAGAGACUCGUUACAAGGCACAUCAAACAUCCUAGUACCCGAGAUUAUUCACAACAAAAUACAAUCAAUAGUCAAAGGCAACUCCAAUCUUACCGACUCAGAACUCCGCAGAGUCCGUAUACUCUACAACCUCCUUAAGACAUCUCUCAAAGAAAAAGAGAAAAACGUUGAUGUUAAACAGAAAUUAAAAAAAGAAAAAGUAGAGAAGGUUAAGAAAGAGACGGAGGAUAGCCCUAAGGUGAAGGAGAAAGAGGGAAAGAAAGAUAAGGAGGAGAAAAAAGAACAGCUUGAGAAAAAAGUUAAGGGUCCGAAGCGGUAUGUCGUGUUCUUGGGGAACUUGCCACUGGACGUUGAUAAGGACAAGAUUAUAAACCACUUCUCGGAGAUGAACGAGCAUAUAAUAGACAUCCGUAUUCCUAAACCAUUGCCGGGGAAGAAAAACGCUAUCGCGUAUUUGGAGCUCAGUAACGAACCGAGCUAUGAGUUUGCGCUGUCCAAGCACCACUCCAUGCUGGGAAAGAAGAGAAUCAACGUGCUAUACACGGCGCCUAAAAACGCCAAGCAAACUAAAUCUAGCUCUAAGGGUAAAACAGCGAAAUUAAUAGCACUACAGAAAUCGGGGAAAUUAGUAGGCAGUAUCCCAUUAGCAAAGAAAAGAAGUCAACGCCGACUGAAGCAGAAACAAGCGCAAGCUAAAUUAGCCGCUGAAUCCGCCUGAAAUUUUAUAAUAAAAUCACUCCAUGGCAUACAAAAAUUAUUUAAAACAUAUCACCAUUAAUAUGGAUUUAAAAACAGUUUUCGUUACUUGCCUUAGCACAUCUGUGUUACAAAAAACGCGUUGUUUGUACAUAAUAGAAGAUAAAAAAAAGAAAUUACAUAAUUUGCUUUUGAAAAAGAAUAAAGUUAAAUGAUUUUGAAAUUCGCUAGAAAAGCUUCGCCAUUUUCUAAGAUUCCCGCCAAUAUUGAGUCUGUGACGAACCACAGACUCAAUAUUGGCGCUUUCAUAUGAUUUUUUAAUGAAAAAAAUAAUGCUUUUUGGUCGUUGGAUCAAAAUUAUGCGAAAUAAAUAUGUUGUUUAAAAUAAUGGGUAUUUUUUCUAAAUAAAAAAGUAGAUAAUUUUAUUUAAAACGUUUUUGAAUAUGCUACAAGGUGACUCUUUGAAGAUAAACUUUGUUUUUAAAUCCAUACGAAUACUAAAUUUUUUAUUACGUAUAUGUACGUAAACUUUAUUUACUUCUUUUAUAUUAUGAUAUCAGAGAGAGAUGGCAAUAUGAUAUUGGUACCUUUUUAAAGAGAAAAACUAAUUAGAUUUGGUUUUAAAAUAGUUUCAGGGGAAAAUAUUUAGUUGAUACAGUAUUGGAACGCAUACUAAUUGUACUAUAGUAAACACUUUAAAUAUACAUACACAGUUUUAUUGAAAA